UGCAAAUUAUGUUUAAACCAAAAUCCUCAAGAUUGAAUUUAGCAAAAAAAUCAGCCCAUAGAGAAUUCAUGGAUUUUCUGGAUCUUUUGCCAUGAGGAAGAUUGGUACGGACACAUAGUAACUGUCGAGUAGUACACAUUCGCUGUUGAUGUUAUCUGUUGUGGGACGUUGGCUGCCAGUUUCUUCAAAUCUUAUCAAAUUUUUUGCUCUUCGAAGGAACGGAACUAUCACUGAGAUUACAGAAAACUUAAGCUGUGUGAUUGAGAAGAAACCUUUACCGAGCUAUGAAUCCAAAAGAAAGUUUGAAAUUCGAUGUCCAAGAGGUACACGUGAUUAUGGACCUCAAGAUAUGGCGAUACGAGAGCAAGUGUUAAGUACAGUUACAGAGUGUUUUAAACGCCAUGGUGCCGUUACCAUUGAUACACCUGUGUUCGAGUUGCGCGAUAUCUUGUUGGGAAAGUAUGGUGAAGAAGGUGGAAAAUUGAUUUAUGAUUUGUCUGAUCAAGGAGGUGAACUUCUCAGUUUACGUUACGACCUCACGGUACCCUUUGCUCGUUAUCUUGCUAUGAAUAAAACCGUUGUAUAUCUAAAACGGUAUCAUAUUGGAAAAGUUUAUCGAAGAGAUAAUCCUUCCAGAGGACGUUUUCGCGAAUUUUAUCAAUGCGAUUUUGAUAUCGCUGGUUCUUAUGACUUGAUGAUUCCGGAAGCCGAAUUGUUAAGGAUUGUUAAUGAAAUACUGAAUGCAUUAGAUGUUGGUGCAUUUGAGAUUAAAGUAAACCAUAAAUUACUACUCGAUGGCAUGUUUGCUGUUUGUGGUGUGCCAAAAAAGCACUUUAAAGACGUAUGUUCGUCGAUCGAUAAGUUAGACAAGCUUCCAUGGGAAGAUAUCAGAAAUGAAUUGUGCAAUGAGAAGCAGAUUCAUUGUGAUAUCGUCAGCAAACUGGAGACAUACGUAUGUUUGCGGGAACAUAACAGCAGCUUAACAAAUUUUGAUUUGUUAAACUGGUUUGAGAAAGAUGAAGCGACAUCGAAAAAUAAUGAUAUACAGAAAGCGGUGUCUGAAAUGAAACAGCUUUUGGAAUAUUGUGAGCUUUUCGGUGUUCUUUCGACUGUUAUUAUUGAGCCGUCAUUGGCGCGAGGACUUGAUUAUUAUACGGGAGCAAUUUUUGAAGUUACUUUAAAAAACUCUGGAAAAAUACAAAUGGAAAAUAGUGAAACCGACGAAGAAACUCGAAGUAUGAAUAUAGGAUCAGUUGCUGGUGGUGGUCGUUACGAUAAUUUAGUAUCAAUGUUUUUACCGAAACAUAAAGUGCCUUGUGUGGGAAUAUCGAUAGGAAUUGAAAGGCUUUUUACGAUUAUGAAGGAAAAAUCAAAAAUGGAGCAUGUGCGAUCAAAAGAUACGCAAGUUCUUGUAGCUUCGGCGCAAAAGAAAUUGGUAAAAGAAAGAAUGAAGAUUUGUCGGUUGCUUUGGGAUAAUAAUAUCAAGGCUGAAAUGGCUUUGAAAGCAAAUCCAAAGAUGUUAGACCAAAUGCAGUAUUGUGAAGAACAUAAAAUACCGCUAGCAAUAAUUGUUGGUGAGCGUGAGCUGGAAGAAGGCAUUUUGAAACUGAGGGAUGUGCCUUCUCGUGCUGAACAGGAUAUACCUCGGGACAAUUUGGUUGAAGAACUGGAAAGGCGGUUGCAACAUCUGCAGUAGUUGAGAUUUGAUUAAUUGUUGGUCUUUGCUAUAGUUGAAAGAUUUUUCAUUUUUUGGUUUUCGGAGCAACAGAAAUGUCAAAAUUAACGAAAUCUUGUUAGUGAAUUAUGAACUGGUUGAUUUGAGUUUAAAUUCUCGAAUGACCAUUUUUUAGUUUCUGAACUUAGACAGAAUAAUAUUGCAUUUUAUUAAUCAUACUUUAUUAUCUUUUCUCAUUGUUCUUUCCUUUUUGCUGCUUGUUGGGUGAUAAAAUAAAAAGAAUAUGCUCUCUUCCCGCAAUAUUAGUGAAAUAAAUCAAAUCUGAAAGAAUAAAAA